AUGUCGCAAAAGCUCAAUUAUGCGCUAGACAACUUAACAAUGAAGGAGAUAAUAACUGCAACAGGUGACGACAGACUGAAUCGAGCAGAAAAACGAAAGCGCAGUGGCUUAGUGGCUAGCGUGCAGCACCUUCCCGAUGCUCAUAUAUCUAUUCUGUUUGCAGCGGAUAAUAAGGCCCCACAUAUCGAAGAUCCUUACUUCCAUACGCGGAAGAGCGAACUCGAAGUACUCUGCUGGAAUCUAACCCAUGCCCUUCAGUUCUUCAAUCUGCAGUGCUAUCAGCAGCAGAGAUGGAGGCCAUACAUCGACAAGAUGAUGAAGAAAAACGUUUGUUUGCAACGAGAGCAGCCGAUUUCAUCUAAAUCAUUAUUCCUGGAGGAGGUGGGAGACUCUGUGCGGAACGAAUGCUUAACCCGUUUCAUUGAUCGUACCGGCAAUGCAUCUUGUCGUCUUACAAUAAGCGUCGUCUGCACUGGCGAGUUUUUUGCGUCCGAGACAACCGAACUUGCUUUGCAUUGGAUUCAGCACAAAGACGUUCUUCAACCAUAUGUUCCACAUCACAGCCAACGACUCGUCAACGGCAUGCACGCGGCGGUUACAAUGCAAGAUAACAAUCUACACGGUUUUUGGCAGUCAAACUAUAGGUGUGGGACAUUAGGUCCUAACCGGAGUUUGAAACCUAACCUAACGCGGGCCGGGACGGACCACUCAGCACAAAGGCAUCUGGCCUUCAACAUCCAGUUCCUCUUACGAGCGUCUCAUCAUACUUCUUUCCCAGGACGUCACGCGGAUCAUAUUCGCAUGAAGCCGACAGCACCACCCAUCAAACGAGGGCGUGGAAGACCGAGAGGAAGCAAGAAUCAACCAGGUGCAGGACAUGUUGGCAGGCCACGCAAUGAUGGACAGCCCCCUCGAAAACGGCAUAAUGGACACGACCAUGCGGAGAGUACUACUCCAGUACCAAACACCUCGCAUAGCGCCAUGCAAACACCGCGCAAUGACGAGGUUCAACAUUGUGGCAAAGAAUACACUCCAACACCACGCAGAGCCCUCGCAAUUGAUGUGGAUCUGGACUCGGAAGUGUUCGAAAACCUCGAUCCUCCUGCGAGGGUUCACACCAUCCCUCCCGCACUUCCAAUUGCGCCUCGUUCUGCAGCCUGCAGCGAGGUGCCUUUGAAGCAGACAACCCUUGCAUUUCGAACAGCCAUGGAGGGUGCCAACCCAGUGUUGGAGGCACCUACUGCCUCAGCCGUCAUGCGAACACCGCACAUUUCGCCCAUCAGUACUGAUGCCCGAGAACAGCAAUCCGAGCCUGCUGCUAGCAUUUCGCCUCAAACCUCAACCCACCAGCCACGGGACUUCUCUGAGUCUGGACCGGCCACUACCAUACACGAGGCUGAUCCACCUGCAGAGUCGGUAGCUACGAGCAGCGGGAUGCCUCAGCGGCAGCCGUGGAGGCACGAUGCAAAUGCACCUGCACUGCCACCAUCACCAAAACGGUUGAGCCGCAGAGUGCGACGGGUCUUAUUGACGGUAUUUCCUGAGAACCCGUAUGGCUCUGAUCUCGAAGCGCCUGCCCCUCGUGAUGACACCGAAAGUGAUCGGGAUGAGGAAGCAUCCCUGGAAGACGAGUUUCGCCCCGUUCCUGAUGAUGGAGGGGAGGAUGAAGACACGGAGCAUGGAAGGGGGACUUCGACAUUUGGGUCUGUAGGCAGAUCUUCAUCGAGGUCAACAAUGCCACUUUGGCUUAGCGAGUCCUAUAAAGUUGUAGAGACGAUGUUGAAAAAAGAAAUCAAGCAGAGUACCCGAACACCAGCCAUGCCCAAGUGCUAUGAGCAGCAGCGACUCUGGGUCGGGGAUGCUUCACCCUUUCUGACGUUGCUGACACAACCCAGCAUUGCCGUCGAGCCCUCAAUAUUCCAUCAACCAGCCUUCUUUGUUUGGCUCCCACACUGUUUGCUGGGUGACCGCAUUCCCUGCCCUCAAUGCAAAGCAAGCAAUGAGCUGACGAAACAAGGAAAGCCAGUUUUUCUUCAGCGGCUUGGAUGGAUUGGAAAGCCUCGACGUGCGGUUGAUGUAGCUCGGAAUGUCUACAUCAUUGGGUACCGCUAUAGCUGUGUCCAUCCUGGAUGCCGCAAGACAUAUCGAAGCUGGAGCUCCGCAAUUCUCAAUGUUCUUCCUGCACCAGUGGCCAUGCAAUUCCCCUUCCAAUUGACUUACCGCAGUGUCCUCUCAAAUAGCCUUGUUUUGCUUUUGCACUCCUCGAUCAGGGCAGGGAUAGGACCAGUGCCAUUCAUGCAGAUGUUGCAGUCAUUCCACUACGAAAACUUCGACAAUCUUCGCCUUCAAUACCUGGAGCUCGUGCACGACCGCUACAAAAGUUGUCCGAAACAGCUUUGGGUUCGCAAGCAAGCAUUUGGCUCGUUGGGUGACCGAAAUGGCUAUGCUGGAUUUGUACCAAGUGCAGGAUACCUCCGUCGUUUUUAUGACACGAUUAUCGAACGGCGAUCGACGGAGAUGAAACAGUGUAUUGCCAUGCUCCCGGCGAGAGUGCUCGCAAUUGACCAUAGCUUUAAGGUGCCUAGUUUUAUCAUACAUGAGUUACUGGCGAAGUUUGGACAUCCAGAGGUCCAGUCUGUUUCCACCGAUAACGUCCGCGCAGACAAAAAUGAACUCGAGCGAGUGUUCCCGUCCCUCUUGAAAGAUGUUGUCCCCGUCCUCCCACAUAGUUCCCUUCCCCUGCUUGAAUUUCCUCAUGGAUCAUGGACCAUUGUCGAGCUGAGCAACACCCAUCAAGUCAAUCACCGCUUUGAUGUCAUCAUGAACCACCGAACGAUGACAAAUCCGAACGUUACGGUUGCAUUCGACAUGCAAUGGCCGGUCAAUUUGGAGACCGGAAUCCACGGUCCAGUUGCCUUGAUUCAAGCGACAUAUCAAAAUACUGUCUAUCUAAUUAAGUUGGAGCUGGCUUCAAGCGGCUGCAGAGCAAUGGCUAAGGAGCGCGGUGCUACUGUGAAGAGGGCUGUGGGGCUUGCUGAACUCGUUGGAAUACCUCUCGGCAGGCACCUACCAAAGGACCCCCAAGCCCGUGUUAGCCCUCGGUGGGCUGAUGCAGUGCUCCCCCAGGAGUACAUCAACUAUACUGUGCUCGAUGUCUAUGCAGUCUCCCAGGUGCAUUUACAGCUUGCGGGGAUGGACAUUGCUCAGCCUGUUGUGGCAACCACCCCUAGUGGGACUGCAAUUGCACUCCUGGCACCUGACGGACAGGCGGUGGCUCACGGAAUUGUGGCCCUUGAACGUCCUCCUGCCCUCAAUGGUGUUGACGUGUCACCGAAACGAGUCGUGAUGACAGUUUCUAAAGUGCUCGUGCCAUCUUUCCUGCUUCCUGCUCGCCUACAGAAAGCAAAGCAGGCAAAAUCACUCGCGUCAUUCAGCAGUACUCCAUUUUCUAUUGUUGCCGAUAUCCGAAACCUUCGCAUCUGCCCCUCAACUCACGACGAAGGCUCUGAUGGUCCAUCAUCUGGUUCAUGCAUGGAAACCCUUGGCGACCACCAGGUUCCCAAGUCUGGAGUCUUGGAUACAGGAUAUAUUGAUAGCAGCAGCACUCUGACGAGCACUCUUGUCCUGAAUGAGGAUGAGUGUGAUGGUGAUUCGGAGACCAGCCCUGAACAGACUAUCGAGGGCUCCUUGCGAGAUCCAGCUGCAGAAGCUGCACUUGUGGGGGUCAUGGAGCCCUAUAUUGCUCGCCACCAUGGGCUCAGACAGCCGUUUGCACGAGCACUCAGUGCAGCAUUUUUCAUACCGGUCGCGGAGGACAAGUCUGCCAUGGAAGCAGUACUGAAGGGCUUCGGGACGACAUACAAUGCCCAGCUUUUGUCAAAACCUGACGUCAUGUACCUCCACCUGAAAUUCUCCUGCCCCGUGUUGCGGAGUUUGUCACAAUAUGACGUUCCUGCAAGCAGUAACUUUCGGUGUGGUUGGGUGAACGGCAAUGACUACGAGCUCGCACACGAGACUUUCGGCAUGAUCCAGUUUUUGCCCGUGUUUUUCAAGCCACUCGGAAUGUUGGAGUUCAAUGAAGUCUUUGCACGGGAGCAGAACAUUCGGCACAAGUUCAUUGCAGAGUCCCAGGGCACGCUCAUGGCAAUUUUGCCUGUCCACACACGUGACCUUUUCCAGCUCCUCGUCCAGUCGUCCCCAUUAUUUUCGGAUUCCAACCGGCAACCAAACUGGUCAGCUCUCGCAGUCGUUUGUGCUGGACAUGCUGAUGGUCGUAAUAUUUUCUAUAAGCUCCCAGAACACCUCAAGACAUACUACAAGACAUGGACAGAUUUUUGCAACGAGCAAAACACGAUUUCGCUCAAUGCUGAAGCGAGUCGGCGCAUCCGUGCUCUCAUCCGCUCUGCCUCAACCAAUGUCACCAUCAAAGCACCCACAGCACUCCCCACAACCCUGCGCGACUCGCUGGCAGCCAGCACAUGUGUUGACAUCAACGAGGUCAACCCGAGGCAGAUUGGCAAGCUACUCGCUGACCAUGCCCUGCAGCGGUCAGCAGUCCACUAUCUUUAUGGUGACACUAUGCACGUGCAUCCCUCAGUUGCAGGAUCCUUGCGCGAGCGCAAACGGAAGGCAGACAACCACCCUACUACAACAGGAAGUUCAGAAGGUGUUAAUAGACCUGGCAAGCGCACGAACAAGCCACGAAAGUGCCGCAACUGUCAAAGUACUCAGUGCGCAGGAAGAUGGGCUGUCAAGAAAUGCACAUUACCUCUCGAACCGCUAUGUUUUGUGACGAGUCUUCACAAAUUGUUUCAUGUUGAUUCAUUUUGGACUUAG